AUGCUGGGCCUGCAGACGUACGCCAGCUCCUCGGAGGGCGAAUCGGACCAUGAGGACGCCACCAACAAAUCCGGAUCAGGAACCAUUCCCGCUCAUCUGCUGCCCGUGGACAAGACGCACUCGCUGUCCACGACCAUUGCGGUGUGUGCGGCGCCGGCGGUGGUGCCCCUUGGAGCCUCGGCGGUGCCCCGAACUCUGGAUCCCACGCUCAAGGAGGUAACCUACAAUCCGCGCUACGAAGAGAUGUAUGCGCCGGUGAAGGGUCCGGAGCAUCCGGAUCUCACCAUGCAGCAGCGGGCGCCGCGUAACACACUGGCCGGCUAUGUGGAGAAGGCGCACAUCAAUGCCUUCGAGUUCGAGAAUCAGCGACGCACCUUCCACACAUACGGCUAUGCCUUGGAUCCCAGUGUGGACGAGCAGGCCGACGGGCAGUCGUUUGUGGGUGACCUGCAGUCCGCCUACGAUGACAAUGGCAAGACGGUGUUCGAGGCGCCCAAGGCGAAGAAGUUGCGCAAGCAGGAGAAGAACGACCAUCCCGAGGACAUCGAGGGCUUCCUGGGCCCGUGGGGCAAGUUCGAGAACGAGGUGUCGGUGGCCAAGCCCAACGAACAGGAGCGCGCCGAGCUGGACGAGCUGCUGUCCAAGCGGCACAAGCGCGGACGCAUUCCCGAGGACAAGCCGCUCGAGGAGAAGUCCACACUGCACAUCAAGGAUGCCUACGACUACCAGGGUCGCUCGUAUCUGCACGCUCCGCAUGAUUUGGGUGUAAAUCUGCGCUCGAAUGCCCCGCCACCCAAGUGCUUCCUGCCCAAGGCGCACAUACACACAUGGUCGGGUCACAACAAGGGCAUUUCAUCCAUUCGCUGGUUCCCCAAGACCGCACAUCUGCUGCUCUCCGGCUCGAUGGACUGUCGGGUGAAGCUGUGGGAGGUGUAUGGCGAGCGGCGAUGCAUUCGCACCUUCUCUGGCCAUCGGCAGGCCAUCAAGGACAUUGCGUGGAACAACAGGGGCACCAACUUCUUGUCCGCCUCCUACGAUCGCUACAUAAAGCUGUGGGAUGCGGAAACGGGCGAUGUGGUCUCCCGUUUCACCACCCGCAAAAUGCCAUUCUGUGUGAAGUUCCAUCCGGAUAAUAGCAAGCAGCAUCUGUUCGUGGCCGGCACCUCCGAUAAGAAGAUCAUUUGCUGGGACACGCGCAGCGGAGAUAUUGUGCAGGAAUACGACCGGCACUUGGGCUCGGUUAGCACCAUCACCUUUGUGGACGACAAUCGUCGAUUUGUGACCACCUCGGACGACAAAUCGAUGCGCAUCUGGGAGUGGGACAUACCCGUGGACAUGAAGUACAUUGCCGAUCCGACUAUGCAUUCCAUGCCGGCCGUCACCUUGGCGCCGAACGGCAAGUGGAUGGCCUGCCAGUCGCUGGACAACAAGAUUGUCAUCUUCUCCGCCCUCAAUCGCUUCAAGAUGAACCGCAAGAAGACCUUCACCGGGCACAUGGUCUCGGGUUACGCCUGCCAGCUGGACUUUUCGCCGGACAUGAGCUACCUGGUGUCGGGCGAUGGCGACGGCAAGUGCUACAUUUGGGACUGGAAGACCACGAAGAUGUACAAGAAGUGGCAGGCGCACGACGGCGUGUGCAUCAGUGCCCUAUGGCAUCCGCACGAGGCCAGCAAGUUGGUCACCGCCGGCUGGGAUGGCCAGAUCAAAUACUGGGACUAAUAAAUAACCUAGAUAGACGUAAGCCCUAACGAUUUGUAAAUUUAUUGAUUAUAUUGCAUACCCAUUAUGUUCAAACUGCAA